CCAUUUGCUAUCUAUUAAAAUAAUUUAAUCUUGAGACAAAUCAUUACUUAUUUUCUCGUUAUGAAUUAUAAGAAGUAGCACAGUUUAAAGCAUAUUAUAAAGAAACUAAGAUAGUACUAAAAACUUCAGAAGUAAAACAAGUUUCUUGUUUCGUGUCGACUGUUUUUUUCCUUGCCAUGUCGGACUUUUCUUUAAAUAUUUUUACGCUUAAUUGUUGGGGUAUACCUAUUGUCUCUAAAAACAGAAAAGAACGAAUGGAAGCAAUCUCAACAUAUUUACAAGAAAGUUGUCAUACAGUGGUGUGUCUACAGGAGGUUUGGAGUGAGGAUGAUUAUCUGUUUAUUAAAGAAAAAUUGAAACGCAACCUGCCCUACUCACAUUACUUCUACAGUGGAGUCCUUGGAUCAGGUCUCUGUGUUUUCUCGAAGUGGCUUAUCCAGGACGUCUUUUUCCACCAAUGGCCAUUGAACGGCUAUAUCCAUAAGAUCCACCAUGGGGAUUGGUUCGGAGGCAAGGGUGUCGGUUUGUGUCGGAUCCGAGUAAAAGAUAGGAUGGUUAACAUUUACUGUACCCAUUUGCAUGCCGAGUACCAUGAGGAUGACAUUUACUUAGCACAUAGGACUCUGCAAGCACAUUCCACUGCAGAGUUUGUAAAUCUGACUAAAUCCACAGCUGAUGUAUCAAUCCUUGCUGGAGACCUCAACACAGGCCCUGGUGAUUUGUCUUACAGAUUAAUAACAGAACUUCCAUCACUCAUAGACCCGUACGACUUAGAGUGUGAGAAUACCAACCCUGCUGUUAGGAAAGCCACCGGCACAAACGACAACGCCAACAACAGCUACUCUGAUCAGAAGCAAGCGAAGCUGUGCCCUGAGGGGAAGAGGAUUGAUCAUAUAUUGUACCAUGUCAACUCUCAGUGGGCUGCCGAGGUAAUGAACUUUGGCAACCCACUUGAAGAUAGGGUGCCUGGGCAGCAAUUUUCAUACUCGGACCACAACGCAGUCGCGCUUGAACUCCAUAUGCGGCCGACAGAAGGCUCGUACAAAGACCACAAGGUCUAUAACAAGGACGGGUCACUGGAUGACACGAUUGCAGCCGCCUACAAAGUCUGCGAUGAGGCAUUCUCCAACUUAUCCAGAACAAGGAAGCUGUAUUUGAUUGCCGGAGGACUCAUCUUCAUGUUUCUACUAGGCUCGUUCGGUUAUUGGCCGGACUACGUAUUAUACAACGUGCUAAAGAUAAUUAUCACUGGACUAAGCUUCUAUUAUCUGAUAAUGGGGACUUUGUGGAACAGAAUUGAGAUGAACAGCUUGAAAGCGGGACUGAGCGCUCUUGACAAUUUUGGUAAAAGCAGGAGCCAGUUGAAAAAGGGCGAUGGAGAGUCCAGCCUGUGAUAAUAGUGUUGAUUUUGAUAACGAAGAUUACAAUUAGAAAUUACAAGGAAUAGCAAAAUUAAAUGUGAUGAUGUAACAAUAACGUCCAUUGCAUUGUCGUUGCCAAGAAGACACUAAAUGACACCAAUUGUUCAAAUAGAAAACGCUCUUGUUGAUAGUCAAGAAAAAGGUAAAUACCUAUGUAAGUUUUAAAGUUCAGUAUUUGGUACUCAUACGUACUACAAUUAUUUAAUGGUUGAUGGAGGAUAUUGUCUGUCCCAACAAUUUUUUUUAGGACUAGUCCCAUAUUAUGUUAGUUAGUUAUAAUGAUUAAAUAUGCCGAAUAUCUACUUAAACAUUUCAAUAUUAUGCUAAUAUCAAGCUGAUCUGAUGAUGCAGUUGUAAGGGCGGUCAACUCAUCGAAGAAAAAAACGGGACCUCCUACAGUUUGGGCUCAUUGGAAAGGUUUCGAAGAGUAAUUAUCAAUGGGGAUGAGGUACAGACAGCUAUAAAAAAAAACAUUUUUAAAAGGCUUUUAUUUUAUUUAUUUAAGUGAGUCAGUAUAAACCACUUAUUAAUUUCUUUGUUAUCUUUCUGAUGUAAGAUUAUAAUAGUUAUUAUUUUAAUUUCGUCAAUGUUAUGCCCCUAUCUAUAUUAUUUUUUAUACGUAUAAAAUGUACGCUACAUUCCAUUAUUUUCAAUUAAAACUAAUAUUGUAAUAAAUAUUACGAAAUAUAUUUAUCAAUGAACUAAAA